CUUUUCGCUGCUAUGUGGAAUCGCUCUACUGGAGGUGAAGGACCGCCUGUCCCCUCUCUGCUUUUGCUGUCAGUGGCUUUCGGGACGUAUUUUAUUUGAAUGUCUGGGCCUUUUAAGUGACCAAUAAUGGAUAUUCUAUGGAUAUUAUGGACCAUACCGGCCGUAAUAGCUGUUGAAGAGACGCUCAUGGACUCCACCACAGCCACGGCGGAGCUCGGCUGGACGGUCUACCCUGUGUCAGGGUCGAGUGACAACAGUUGGGAGGAAGUGAGCGGUUAUGAUGAAAACAUGAACACCAUCCGGACGUACCAAGUCUGUAAUGUUUUUGACAACAAUCAGAACAACUGGGUACGGACAAAAUACAUACGGCGUCGUGGCGCACAGCGGAUCCACGUGGAGAUGAAAUUUUCUGUGAGGGACUGCAGUAGCAUCCCCAACGUCCCAGGCUCCUGUAAAGAGACUUUUAACCUUUAUUACUAUGAGUCAGAUGCUGACACAGCCACCAGAACCUCACCAGCUUGGAUGGAGAACCCCUGGAUCAAGGUGGACACCAUCGCGGCAGAUGAGAGCUUCUCCCAGGUGGACCUCGGGGGCAGAGUGAUGAUGAUAAACACAGAGGUUCGAAGCUUUGGCCCUGUGUCGAAAAAUGGCUUCUACUUAGCCUUCCAGGACUAUGGCGGCUGCAUGUCGCUCAUCGCUGUUCGCGUCUUCUACCGGAAGUGUCCUCGUAAAAUCACCAACGGGGCGUUGUUCCAGGAAACGCUAUCGGGAGCAGAGAGCACCUCCCUGGUGGCUGCAAGGGGUGUUUGUAUCCCCAAUGCAGAGGAGGUGGAUGUGCCCAUUAAGCUGUACUGCAACGGGGAUGGAGAGUGGAUGGUGCCCAUCGGACGCUGUAUGUGCAAGGCUGGAAACGAGGCUGUGGAAAAUGGAACAGUUUGUCGAGCCUGUCCCUCUGGCUUUUUCAAGCCAACUCAAGGAGAUGAGGCCUGCAUGCAGUGUCCCAUCAACAGCCGUACCACCAGUGAAGGCGCCAUUAACUGCGUUUGCCGCAAUGGAUACUAUCGCACCGACUCAGAUCCUCUCCAGAUGCCGUGCACAACUGUCCCUUCAGCUCCGCAAACUGUGAUCUCCAGCGUGAAUGAAACCUCUGUGAUGUUGGAGUGGAUGCCUCCGCGAGAUUCAGGGGGCCGUGAGGAUGUGGUGUUCAACAUCAUCUGCAAGAGCUGUGGCGGAGGCCGAGGAGGCUGCACCCGCUGUGGUGACAACGUUCAGUUUCUACCCCGGCAGCUGGGCCUGACAGAAUCCCGGGUCUACAUUAGUGACCUGUUGGCCCACACACAAUACACGUUUGAGGUGCAGGCUGUCAACGGGGUGUCAGAUCAGAGCCCCUACUCCCCUCAGUACGCCUCAGUCAACAUUACCACUAACCAGGCUGCUCCAUCCACUGUAUCUAUAAUGCACCAGGUCAGCCGUACUGUGGACAGCAUCACCCUCUCCUGGUCCCAGCCUGACCAGCCCAAUGGAGUCAUCCUGGACUAUGAACUGCAGUAUUAUGAAAAGGACCAAUCAGAAUAUAACUCCACUACCAUCAGGAGCCAGACCAACACAGUGGUCAUUCGUGGUCUCAAGCCAGGAAGCAUCUACGUGUUCCAGGUCCGGGCCCGCACCGUAGCUGGCUUUGGACGCUACAGUGGCAAACUGUACUUCCAGACCAUGACUGAGGCGGAAUACAACACCAGCAUUCAGGAGAAGCUGCCUCUCAUCAUUGGCUCGGCAGCUGCUGGGUUGGUGUUCCUCAUUGCUGUGGUCGUCAUCAUUAUCGUCUGUAACCGGAGGCGUGGCUUUGACAGGGCUGAUUCAGAAUACACAGACAAACUGCAGCACUACACCAGCGGCCACAUGACUCCAGGAAUGAAGAUUUAUAUUGAUCCGUUCACAUAUGAGGACCCCAACGAGGCUGUGAGGGAGUUUGCCAAGGAGAUUGAUAUAUCCUGUGUGAAGAUUGAACAGGUCAUUGGUGCAGGAGAGUUUGGGGAAGUGUGCAGCGGCAACCUAAAACUCCCGGGUAAAAGGGAAAUGUUUGUGGCCAUAAAAACUCUGAAGUCUGGAUACACAGAGAAGCAGAGGCGGGACUUCCUGAGCGAGGCCAGCAUCAUGGGUCAGUUUGACCAUCCUAACGUCAUUCAUCUGGAAGGAGUGGUCACCAAGAGCAGUCCUGUCAUGAUCAUCACCGAGUUCAUGGAGAAUGGAUCUCUGGACACCUUCCUCAGACAAAACGACGGGCAGUUCACUGUCAUCCAGCUUGUUGGUAUGCUGCGUGGCAUCGCCUCGGGUAUGAAGUACCUCGCCGACAUGAAUUAUGUGCACCGUGACCUUGCUGCCCGAAACAUCCUGGUCAACAGUAACCUUGUGUGCAAGGUUUCGGACUUCGGCCUUUCACGCUUCCUGGAGGAUGAUACGUCAGACCCUACUUACACCAGCGCUCUGGGAGGGAAGAUCCCUAUCCGAUGGACUGCACCCGAAGCUAUCCAGUACAGGAAGUUCACCUCUGCUAGUGAUGUGUGGAGCUACGGAAUCGUAAUGUGGGAAGUCAUGUCCUACGGAGAGAGGCCGUACUGGGACAUGACCAAUCAAGAUGUCAUCAAUGCCAUCGAGCAGGACUACCGGCUGCCCCCACCCAUGGACUGUCCCAGUGCACUGCACCAGCUCAUGUUGGACUGCUGGCAAAAGGACCGCAACAACCGGCCCAAGUUCAGCCAGAUUGUUAACAACCUUGACAAGAUGAUCCGCAAUCCCAACACGUUGAAGGCCAUGACCCCUUUAUCUUCAGGUGUUCAUCUCCCCCUCCUGGACCGUAGCAUCCCAGAUUUCUCCAGCUUCAGCACUGUGGAUGAAUGGCUGGAUGCCAUCAAGAUGGGCCAGUACAAAGACAACUUUGCCAGUGCUGACUUUUCUACAUUUGAUGUGGUGUCUCAGAUGACCAUGGAUGACAUCCUGAGGGUUGGUGUGACGUUAGCAGGCCAUCAAAAGAAGAUCCUCAACAGCGUCCAGAUGAUGCGUGCACAGAUGAACCAGAUCCAGUCGGUGGAGGUUUGACCCUCCCGAGCAGAGGGGGGUAAAUAAAGCGGUUGGGAUGUAUGGCUCUGGGCGCAGAGGAUGGAGUGGAUAUUUUUUUCGCGUGACAGUGUGUCUGGUCUUCCCACCAGGCUACCAUUCAUCCCCCCCGGUCCUCUCUCCAGUGCCCUCUAUCCUUCUCUUACCCCCUCACCCUGACUCUCCCUCCAUCCUGGGAAUCAGCUGUGGAGAAGUUUGUGAAAGCAGAAGUCCUUGUGAUGACGCAUCAGACGGCCCACAGCCCACCCACCUUUUAGAGCCAGAAAUAUGGGAGGUUAGAAGUGACCAGCAACACAUUUUUCAAUCUUCCACCAAUUUUCAUUUGAUGUAGAACAUUUAUUUUUUGGUUUGUUUGUUCUGAUAAUUUUGUAAAGAAUUUUUUAAAGAAAAAAGAAGAAAAACUGAAAAAGGAAAGGAGUUUAUCUAAAUUUAUAGAUGAUAUAAGGUUGUACACUAGAUGAACUGAGUAGGAAAGCUACCCUUUAAAAGGGCAAAAGAAAAAAGAAAAACAAGGAAGAGUUGAGGAGACCAUCCUCUGCAAGGUGUGGAUAUUGUCUUUGUUUUUAAUUUUGGACAUCGUGUGGAAACGCAGAGUUCUCUGAUGCCUUCUGAAAGGCAAACUGUAGAGGAGACUGGGGGACCCGACGUGCACACCCAAUUGUUUCCCCAGGAAACAUGAUUAAAAAAGAAAAAGAAAAAAAAUACAACAAAAACACAUUCAAUCAGACUGACAAUUCACACGAUGAAAUCAACACUCAAGAAAAAGAAAGAACUUUUUUUUCUCAUUGCAAGUAAUUUUCUAUAUUGUGUGACAUUUUGUGAUGAAGACUCCCUCUCACCUUGCUUCCUCUCACUAAAGACAAAAUGACAAGUUUUUUUUUUCUUUCACAGUGAAAUAUUCACAGCCUGCCAAAUAGAACUCUUCUCCUUUGCACCCCAGCCAUGAUCCUGUACUGUACAUAUCAGAUGCACUUGACCUGCCAUAACAUGACGACUCAGAGACACUUAGAAUUGAUCAGUCCGGGCACCGAACUGACCACAGGGACAAUUUAAGUUGUUGCCACCAUCAGUUUAUUUCUUUAAUUUGUGAAAAAAUAUAGCUUGUGGAGAAAAAAAAAAACUGAAAAUUGACUUCCUACAGAGAUCUACAGAAAAGGAAACAGGUCCUACUGUUUACAUCAGAGUCUCCAUACAUGCAGUACGUCCUCCCUCAUGUUCAUCUCCAGUGGCGUCUGUGCGUACAUGCACACGUUGCACACACAUACCACGUGCACCAAGAAGCUCCCGAAGCAUCGGGACUCGCAUGCUGAGUGAGUGGUUAAUUUCACAGUGCUUUGAUUUGCUGCAAUUACUAGAACUGUGUUUGGUAAGAGCCUGGAUUUGACACACUUUACAGGGUAUAAUGUGGCUGCAUUAUAUUUACUGUUCUUCCAGUUUUCCUUUUGAAAAGACAUUUUUAUGUUUCAAGUGUUAAAGUUUUGAUACCGCACAUGGCCGUUUCACACACACACACACACACACACACACACACACACACACACACACACACACACACACACAUGAAUAGACUUUACAAUCAGACGUUCAUUGAAUGAAAAACAAUGCAAUGUGUUAUAUUAUUGCGAUUUCUGUAUGGGUAUUAUUGAAUUGUUGUUCUUACUUUUAGAUAUUUUUUUUCUGCACUGAGUCUACUGUGUGACUCCAGCAAUCACUCUGGAUCUUCCAUCAAUGCUUUGAAGUUAUUUUUGAAUCCUGUUGGUGCACAAAACCAUGUAGAUAAACAGCAUUUCCCUGUGACGGGCCUUGGUUUCAUUUUAUACGCAGUUUAUGCAUUUAUUGUAUGGUUUCUUGUGAACAAUACUGUCUCAUGAGUACAGAGCUGUCAAUCAUUGUCUGUGUUGUUGUCAGUAACCUGUCGUAAGGGUUAUGAGGGGGAGAAGAUGGCACUUGUAGCAUGCAGUGAUUCCCCAGUGACGGUGAAUCAGGGAGGGGUUUAUGUACACAGCCAGUAAAUGAUAUCAGCAGUGCAGAGCUCCCACUGGGCCCCGCUCUGAGACCUGACAGCCAGACAUAGACGUCCAGCUGUGAGCCAUCGGUCAGAUGUGUCUGGUCGCAGCAGGGCGGCCGCACCCUGAUCACAGCCGCUCUGUCCAGGCACUGAUUCCCUCCCUGUCUUCUUGAUCACAUACAUGCCUGUCGGCCACCUGUCUGCCGCUUCCACUGAUCUCCACAUAGUCAGCUUUGACCAGCUGUCAUGUUUCGUCUCGGCGCAUUUAAAAGCAUCAACAGCAGCAGGCGAGCCGACACUCAUCGGUGGGGCAGUUGUGUCAUGUCUUGUCUUGAUGCUGCGUGCCACAGAGUACGUGACAAAAGAUUCCUCCGUGUUCGCUUGUACCAAAUCCUCAGAGGCUGACCUGAGUUUUCUUGUUGUCACUGCAGACAGCUUUAGCACCAAAGCCCCGGUUAAAGAAAGUGAGAAACCUCAGUUACUGUACUGCUGUCAUCCUGCCUUUCACCAUCCCCCUGGCUGUCCAGAGAAUUUAAAGUCCAGGAGUGGAAGGAUUUUUUAUUCCCUUUCUCCUCCACCAUCCUCUGCUUGGUUAUUUUUAUCUGCAGUACAACACAUCAGAACACAUAUUUCCCUGGAAGCUUUUCAUAACAUAUGAAACUGGAGGAGGAGAAUCAUGAGCUGUUAAGUCAUAGCUAAGAAGCCAGUGAGAAGUGAUGCUGUGACCUAAAUGCCACUCAUGCCAACAUGCAGUUUGGUCUUUUUUUUUUUUCUUUUUCUCUGAGCUUUUGAGCAUCUUCCCUUUCCAUUUCUCAACACUUAACAGCUCAUCAGUUUUAUUUAGCGAGACUGUAUGCCUUCUCAUGGUACUGCAAAUAUUCCAUCGUCAGGAAAAACACUUACUGUUCAAGAAAUUAAGCUCAAGUAUGUGCGAGGCUGGAGAGGUUUUGCUCCAGUCCCAUUAAAGCCCAUUCAGAUGCUUGUCCAUGGGUGCUGCCAAGACUUUGAGCUAUUAAUCAAGCAAUUAUCCUUGACGUUUGCUUCAAGGAACUACCUUAAACAGGGUGGCAGACAUUCUUAUUGCUAGUGCUGAAUAUUGCUGAGAUUGAUUUUAUGCUGCAUACUGUCUGUAUUUUCUUGCAGCUCAGAGAAUACUUUUUUUUUGCAGAGGUCUUUCUAAAGGUUUGGUUUCUUGUUUUCCAUUUCAUCUAAAGGAGUUUGAAAAAAACAACAACUUUUGUUUGAAUGUGGAGUGUUGAACCGCAUUAAGUAUUUACUAUAUGUAUUUUAUGAUUCUGCUGGCACAAAAGAGACAUAUUGUUGCAGUUCAAGCUGGACAAGGUUCAUUGGGCCCUUAUGUCCAACUUCUACAUUAUUGGAAAAUGUAUAGAAGUCGAGGUAAUAAGUCAUUUGGUACAGUUUUUAUGAUGGGCAUAUUUCUAAACUAAAUUUCAUUCUCUUUUAUUGCCUCUGAAAUUAGACUGGAUAUUUCAUUGAGAUGAAAUUACUGUCCAGGUCUGUAAAUUGUUUUCUGAAUUUAGAAGUGCAGUUGGAUAUGUCAGAAUGUUUGAUCACUAGGAAAGUUGACAAUUUGUAUAUACAGAAAGGUAAUUGUGUGCUUUGUUUAUUUCCCCUUAAAAUCUGUUCUUUCUACUAUUCACUCUCCACAAACACUAUGUAUUAUUUAACUUUAAACCAGGUGUAGUUUUAGUGUGAAAUUUUACGACGAAAAUAUGCCAUCUGCACAUGCAAAGUUCAGCUUCCCUUGUUAAAAAAAAAAAGAGCUUUUUACAGUUUUCCUCUGGAAAUGAAAGAUGUGUUGUGGUUGUGACACCAGUGAUGGUUUCACCCAAUGUCAGCCAACUGCAACUUUCAGCAAAACAUAUUGUACUUUUCUCCUUUUACAUCUGUGAAGCAAAUUAAAAACCACUCAGCCCUGCCCUCACCGUGUGCCAAUUUUUGAAGGACGGAGGAAAACUGUUAAGUCUCAGUGUUACAGUUACAUGAUAGUGUGGAUAAACAUGAGCUGUGCCAGGCUGUACCCACUGGGCUGCGUUUGAACACCGCCUAACUGCAGUAUGGUGAGAGCGUGAAGUCUGCCUCCUGUUGUGGCAGAUAGAAAAUGGCUUCUGUUUAAAGGCUGCUGGACGAAGCCCCAGAGCGCCCUCUGCUGCUGCGGUGGUCGAAUGUGGCUCGUUGGAAUUCCAGUUGCAGGUCCGGAUAGUCUGCGAAUGCUGCAGCAGGCAGAGCUCCACUGCCUCUCCUGUUCCCCUCUAUGACCCCGUGUUUCUCUCUGUUGCCCCCCACCCUGCCCCUGGAUGCCCCCUCCUCCAUCACCGCUACCACUCUGGCUGUUGCUAACCAACAGCCAGAGUGGUAGGCAGGGGACCUCGGUGUGUUCCUCUGGUCUGUUAAAGCCCACAUUAUAGACCAGUGCCGGUUGAGACCACUGUGACUGAUGUGGGAGAUCCUGUAUUUCUGUAUAAAUGUAUAUUGACUGUAACCCUGUGAAUGAUGUAACAAUUUCAUUAUUUGUAAUAUUGUCAUUGGUUUAUUUUCUAAAAAUGGAAAGCCCAACUUGACUCUCCUCAAUAAAAAAUAAGAUCUGUUAUAAAAAAUAAAA